AUAGAAACUCCCAAGAGGCCAACUCUUGUUCUUGGCAUUUGUCAAGCCGAGCAGGCUUGCAAGCCUAGCAAGCAAAUCUUCUAUCUUCGCCCACCUCGCUCGAUCUUUCACGUUCCAUCUCUCACCCCCUUGUCUCUCUCACAUCACAUCUCGCAUCAAUCUCCCUCACCUCAUGCAAACCCAAGUGGCUAUAAUCAAAUGAAUUCUACAGUGUUUGAUUGUUCUGCAAAAUUUGAUUUUGUUUUGCGCGAUAGGUGGUUUUGAAAAGGGUUUGCAGAGAGGGAUGAAUUGACUGUGAUGCAGUUACUUCAUCGUCUAUCCGGUUCGCAGUAUAAGAUCCAGUUACAAUCCGGCUGUAAUUUUGAUUUUGCGUGAGGAAUUUUUGAUGGUAUUGAAGGGUCUUCUGUAAAUUAGAAGAGGACCCUUCUGAUUUGAAUUUUCAAGUUUUCGAUAUCGGUUCCUUUUCUCGCAAAAUUGUUCAGUGAAUUGAUAUCUGGGUUGUAUUCAGUUCCUGUUGUUGUUGUUACUUUUUCCACAUCAUGCCAGCCUUGCAGAAGCUUUAUAAUGCUUGUAAAGGAUCACUUUCUCCGGAUGGUCCCAUAUCUGAAGAAGCGCUCGAAAAAGUUCGCGUGCUGCUAGGCAAAAUCAAGCCCUCCGAUGUUGGUCUUGAGCAAGAGGCACAGUUGGUACGUGCGUGGACAAAUUCUUCACAUGGACGUAAUGGGAGUCUUCAGUCACUGCCAACAAUCAAAUACCUGCAUUUACACGAGUGUGAAAGUUUCUCUAUGGGAAUAUUCUGCAUGCCACCUUCCUCUAUUAUACCUCUUCAUAAUCAUCCUGGAAUGACCGUGUUGAGCAAGCUUCUAUAUGGUACAUUAAAUGUAAAAUCAUUUGAUUGGAUUGAUGUGCCUGGGCCUUCUGAUCAAUUGCAAGGUGCUAGACCUGCCAAGCUUGUUAGGAAUGGGGAGAUGAGGGCCCCUUCUGAGCCAACAAUUCUGUAUCCAUCGUGUGGAGGCAACAUUCACUCUUUCAAAGCCGCGACUCCGUGCGCUAUCUUUGACAUCCUGUCUCCACCUUACUCUUCUGAGGAUGGAAGACACUGUACUUAUUUCCGGAAGUCUCCAAGAGCAGAUUUGCCAGGUACUCUUGAAUUGGAUGGAGUGACCAUGUCAGAAGUGACUUGGUUGGAAGAGUUCCAACCUCCAGACGACUUUGUGAUUCGGAGAGGGCAAUACAAGGGUCGUGUUAUCAAAACUUGAGGUCUUUUUUUUUUUUUUUCUUUUUCUUCUUCUUUUUCUUUUUGUAUCCAUCUUUUUAAAAAUGAAUUGAGCACUUCAUUUGGGUAGUUUGAGUUAAAUUCUGGAAUUGAGUUGUCAAUAGCCAUGACAAUAAUAAGUUCUGUUGGCUAAUAUGAGUUAGGCAUUUGACUUUGUAUAUAGUAAAUACAGUUAUCUAAUGUAGUGACCUCAGUUUUUACACUUUGAACACCAACAAAAUUUGGAAGAAUUAUGCCCGCUCUUGUUCUGUU